AUGUUCCGCGCACAGCAGAACGCUUUUGAUGACGCAGUCGGUACGAUAUCCCAGUUACACUUCUUUCAUACUGGCAUGCAAUGCGUGGGGACGAGAUACCAGACCCGUUGUUUUGUAGAGCUUGCUGACGUGACUUCUUUUGCGCAAUUAGCCAAGGCGACUGAUGAGAAUCUGACAUCGGAAAACUGGGAAUAUAUUCUUGAUGUGUGCGAUAAAGUUGCGGCGGAGGAGUCCGGUGCAAAAGAUGCCGUUGCCGCCCUGAUCAAGAGGCUUGCGCAUAGAAACGCCAAUGUGCAACUCUAUACGUUGGAGGUUCGUACCCCCGUUCGAAAGACCUAG